GGGACUUGAACCAGCGACCUUCUUGCAGUGCUAACCACUAAGCCACCCGACAAAGUUCUAGUUAUUGAAUAUUAAUCCCUAAAAACAGUAGACAGGGAUUGCGUUUUAAGGAAAAUGCAAAUGUAUGAAUGAUGUUUUUUGCUAGCAUUUUUAACAUCAAUAAAUGGCAGUUUUUUUAUCAAACAAAAAUUCUUUUUUUUACUAUAAUUGUAGGCUAUUAGGCUCCAAAAAACGUAUUCGGAAGAAACAAAAAAAAAUGUUUUAGUAUUUGCGUGAUAAAAAUCAGACGCAUGCGACGUCAUCAGUAAGCGACACAUGACCAUACGUCAACAACUCGCACCGGAGUAGCUGGAGCUCGUUGAAGGUUUGUGAGGAUGUCCUGCGUAUGGACUGGUGGUCAUGGCACAUCUAUUCUUUGUGCCGGAGUGUCCUGUGAAUCGGAGAGUUUAGUGGCGACCGGAGCAGAAGGAGGUGAACUGACCCUGUGGAGUCACGAUGGGUCGCCCGUGUCCAAACUGCGCAUGAGCGCUGACGAUGAUGUCACGUGUGUCGCUUUCUCCCCGUCAGCGCCCUGCAUGCUGUACGCCUCUUACGGACGGACUGUCGCUGUACUGGACAGCAGGAAUCUGAAGAGCGCUGUGGCAGAGCUGGCAGAUGCAGGUGAGGAGGAGAUAAACUGUGUGUCGGUGAAUGAGGCCGGUGGUGCGCUCGCUGCAGCCGAUGAUUCUGGAGCCGUGAGGAUCAUCGAUCUACAGCAGGAGAAAGUGGUCAGGACGCUGCGCAAACACGACAACAUCUGCUCGUCCGUGACCUUCCGACCGCACAGGCCUCAGAGUUUAGUGUCUGCAGGGCUUGACAUGCAGGUAUCGUUGUGGAACCUGCCGAAAGUGCGUCCGCUCUGGACCUACAGUUUGCAGGACACGCAGGAAGAAGAUGCUCAUCCGCAGAAAGCAGGACAGAUGUUCAACCCCCCCCUGGCGCACUGCAUUGAUGUCACUUCCUGUGGUGACGUGUUUGCGUGUGCGGCUGAGGACGGGUAUGUGCAUCUCUUGCGCGUGUCUGAAGACUCCAGGCUGCGGGAACGAGCGAUGUUCAAGGCUCAUAGUCAGGGAGCGUCGCAGGCUCGCUUUAUUAACUUCCUGUCACAGCCGUACUGGUUGGCCACCGGAGGAAACGAUGGACUCGUGGCUCUCUGGGACAUCAGCAGAGAGGAUGUGUUGGCCAGAAAGAGUAAAGGACACAAAAGGAGACAGAAAGGCAGAGCCAAGAAAAAGCCGGAAGCUCAAGCAACCCACACGAAGAGCGAGGAAGAGGAAGCCAGCAGUUCUUCCUGUAGUUCAGAGACAGCGGGCGGGAAAAACGAGCCCAAAUUGACCUUUCAGCAUGGAGAGAAGGUGAACUGGAUUUGUCCAGCUGUGUUAAAAGGAAAGAAGAGUCUGCUGGUGACGGACCAACGUCCCAGCCCUACUGUGUAUUCACUGGAUCAGCUUUAAAGGGUUCAUUCACCCAACAAUGAACAUCCACUCCCUAUUUACUCAAGUGCUUCCAAACCUUUAGGAGUUUCUGUAUUCUGUUGAACACUGGAGAAAAUAUUUCACAAGUGUCAGUUUUUGUAAAUUAUUAUAAACAGGGCUUGACACUGUUUUGAU